CAAAAAGUUUUGGGAAUAGAAGCAGUUGUAUGUCUGGUCGAGUGAGCCGCGGCCGUGAGACUCAAGAGUCACGGCGUGAGUCUAGACCAGAGGAUGGAUCAUCCCAAUGGCGAGGAACGCGGGCUUCUUCAGCUACAAGAAGCUCUGAUCGCAUAGAAUUGCUCGAAAUGCUGCGACGUCAUAAACUUCGAAGCAUGCAUUAAGACUUUUGUUCUAAUAUUAGUAAGUAAUUCAAUCAUGAUGAUGAUUUUAGUUAGAGGUUUUUCUUUUUACUUACAGAAAGAGAGUAUGAAGAUGCUGCCAUCAGCAUCUGUUAUGUUUCUGUUCUUGCACAAGAUGAACCGUGGGCCGUACCUACUUACUCUCUAAAGUACUAGGAGCACCUCGUUUUUUUAUGAUCUCUUCUUUUUUUCUACUACAAGUAGUACAAUACAGGUUGUUGAUGAUGCAGUUGAUGUUGACAGCCAUACAAAUUGUGAUAAAAAUUGUGAUAGCUCUAACAAAAGACCCAGG